ACCAUUCAUUCAUUGGAUUCAUAUUUUAAGCCAUAAUAAUUUCCACUUCAACACCCAUCCAUUCUGAUAUUUUUCCACAACCAAAACGCAAACCAAGAAGAUCAACAACAACAAAGAAAGAAGAACCUCAAAACAUCGACCUUUAGGCCUUCAAUCCAAAACCCAGGUGGUUGGCCAGGAUGACCCCUGUUUGCCCUUUUGUCAAAGCUGCUCGUCCAGACGAGAUGAAUUCCAAAAAACCAGGCGAAAAUCUGAAUAAGCAUCAGACCGAGACUGAGAUCAAGACAAAGAAGGACGCUAGUGACUCUGCCACUGCUUCUCCAAAGUGCCCCUUUGGAUUUGAUUCCCAAAAGAAGGAUGCAAAUGACUCUGCCGCUGCUUCUCCGAAGUGCCCCUUUGGAUAUGAUUCCCAAAAGAAGGAUUCAAAUGACUCCGCCAUUGCUUCUCCGAAGUGCCCCUUAGGAUAUGAUUCCCAGUCAUUUAAGAUAGGCCCCCUCAGCUGUAUGGUCUGCCAUGCACUUCUUUUUGAAAGCAGCAAAUGCGUGCCUUGUUCUCAUGUAUAUUGCAAAGCAUGUAUAUCACGCUUUAAGGACUGUCCACUAUGUGGAGCUGAUAUUGAAAAGGUAGAAGCUGAUUCAAAUCUUCAGAGCAUGGUUGAUCGCUUCAUUGAAGGUCAUGCUAGAAUCAAAAGGUCUCAUGUUGGUACAGACAAAGAGGAAGUAGUAGGUGAGAAUAAACCAGUCAUAUAUGAAGAUGUGUCUUUGGAGAGAGGUGCUUUCUUGGUACAACAAGCUAUGAGGGCAUUUCGAGCCCAGAAUGUAGAAAGUGCCAAAUCAAGACUCACUCUAUGUGCAGAAGACAUUCGAGAUCAGUUAGAAAGAAUGGGCAACACAUCAGAGCUUUGUUCUCAGCUCGGAGCAGUUCUGGGCAUGCUUGGUGACUGCUGUCGAGCACUGGGAGAUGCUGGUUCCGCAGUCUCUUAUUUUGAAGAGAGCGUUGAAUUUCUUUUAAAAUUGCCAAAGGAUGAUUUGGAGAUUACCCAUACACUUUCAGUUUCACUUAAUAAAAUUGGAGAUCUGAAAUAUUAUGAUGGAGACCUACAAGCUGCAAGGAAUUACUAUUUUCGGUCUCUAAAUGUUCGUCGUGAUGCUGUCAAGCAUCAUUCAAAUGUUCCAUCCCAGAUUCUCGAUGUUGCUGUUUCCCUUGCAAAAGUUGCAGAUGUGGACAGGAGUGUAGGAAAUGAGGAUGUGGCAAUUGGUGGAUUUCAAGAAGCUAUAAAAAUGUUGGAAUCUUUGACAUUGAACUCUGAAGACAGCAGUCUUGAGCAACGGCGACUUUCAGUGCUCGGGUUCCUUAACAACCAACUUGCUGAGAAACAACCAGAAACAACUCUCUGAGGUCAGGUCCCCCUCAAACUAAUGAAAAUAAAAAAUAAAAAACACUUCAAAUAAGUAGCUGUAUCUGUAUCCCCGAGAGCUUACGUUUGUACUAGAUAAGCUCAGUUUAGCAAAAGCAUUCCCCUGAAGCUUAAGAGCUUUCAUAGUAAAGAUUACACAUUCCUAGAGCACAAUGUGGCUGGUGAUGCAAUGCAGAUGGCCUUAUUCUAGUAGCAAAGAUCAGUUUGUGUGUCUGGAUCCAUUCUUUAUUGCCCUUGAAGUGAUUCCUGGUUAUGUUAGCUUGGAUCCUCUUCUCUGAACCCCUUGAUGCUAUUUUUCUUUUUCUUUUUUUUGGUGUACAAGGACCAGUUUACUGGGAUCUUCCCCUGUAAGUGAGUUUGAUUGUAAGCUUCAUUGUACAAUUCUAAUAAACUAUAACAAUAAACUAGAUGUACAUAUUAACUUUGUGAACUUGAAA